UGUUAUAUAUAUUAUGAUUCGACUUAAUCAAAAUUUUCCCAGAAUACCCUUUAUCGUGUAUAAUAUGUGAAAUUAUUUUUUUUCUUCAACAUAAUCUGAUGUAAUCUAAUGUAGAAAACAGAUCCCAACACAUGAUAUUUGCUUUUUAAUGGUGGAAAUAUAUUAUUUGAUUUUUUUUUCAGGAUUUUACUUAUGCUAACCUUAAUAUAUCUGUGUAUAUCUGUGAAAAAAGUUAUAAUCUUUUUUAAUUUCUCACAUUAGAUACGGUUGUAAUCUUUACAUCAUUGCUAUCACCAACCGCUCCACAUCAUCAUGCCUAAAUAUUCACUGUUGAAAGCUGAUAAAAUGAAGAAAAUGCGACUUUCAUCUCGUAAAAAACAUAGCAUUACGUCGUGGUUAAAUUCCUUAACAGACGAAACAUUUGUUAUUCAAAACAACGAAUUAGUGGAAUUUGCUGCACAGUUUGCGAAUAAACUCAAAGUUUCCCCCAGUCUGCAAUCGACGAAAUGGAAAGAUAUAAAGUACAAUAAGAUUUCAGCAGGUGAAAAUGAGACAGAAGCUGCAUCCAAUUUUUCGCAAGAUGUACAAAAUAAUAUGGAAGAUUUGACACAGCGUGAAACUAUGAUGCAAGUCUCCUUGAGUUCUAGAUCAAAAGCUUUAAAUAAUCUUAGCACUGUACAGCCUAAAAAUAUAUUUACGAAAAAAAGAAGAAAAGACGAUAGUACUUUGACGAUAUCUACUGAUGAUGAAUGGAAAACUAAGAGUUUAGUUAAAAAUCAGGCCAUGCAUGAUAAAUUGACAAAGAAAUGUUGGAAGAAAAAUGAGAAGAAAACACAAGUAACAACAAUAAUAAAUGAAUUGAGUACAGAUAAUAUAACAAAGAAACAUUAUUAUAACUGCAAGGAAAUUAUAAUAAAUAAAACAGUACAAAAAGAAAAAAAUUCACAGAAAAUGCUGAAAACAAAGGAAAUAUUUUCAGAUUAUAUAUCUGUAUCAAAAAUAAAAAAAAUUUUGAAAAAGCAAACUUUAGACAAUAUACAAUAUGUAAAAGGAAAUCUUCGUGUGAAUCCUACUUCUCAUAAAUAUGCUUACUUACAUAUGGAAAAUGACGAAGAGCGCGAUUUGUUAAUUAUUGGUACCCAUAACAGAAAUCGUGCUUUUAAUGGAGAUUUAGUUGUAGCACACGUAAAUCCUGAGAAAUAUUGGCAUAAAUUUCCCGAUGGGCAAAUACAAAAAACUGGUAAAGUAGUUUGUAUAUUAGAGAAAGUACAUUCAAGAAAAGCAAUUGGAUACUUGAGAAAAAAAGAUUCCCUUGUGUUGUUUUAUCCAAAAGAUCAAAGAGUACCACUGGUAGUUCUUGAAUCAAUACCAUCUUUAUAUCAUUGUCAACCUGAGCUUUACAAAAAUAUGAUGUUUCUUGUUAGUAUCAAUUCCUGGGAACAGUUAUAUGCAUCCGGGCGAAUUCUUUCGGUAGUCGGUGAAAGUGGCGAAAUUGAAGCAGAAUUACAGGCAUUAAUACUUGAACAUAAUUUAGAUAUAUCACCAUAUCAAAAGGAACUGUUGGAAGAACUUCCAGAUAGUGAUUAUAUUUUAACAGAUGCUGAUAAAAAGAAUAGGGAAGAUUGGAGGCAUGAAUGUAUUUUCACAAUUGAUCCUGCAACAGCUGUUGAUAUAGAUGAUGCCAUUUCUUGUAAAAUCUUAGAUAAUGGAAACUAUGAAGUUGGAGUACAUAUAUCGGAUGUUACACACUAUUUAAAAUUUUUUUCUCCACUAGAUAUAGAAGUUUCUAAACGAGCUACUAGUAUUUAUUUGCCACACACCACUUACCACAUGCUACCUGAAAAGUUGUGUCAAAUUUGUUCCUUAUCAGCUGGUAAAGAUAAAUUAGCUUUCUCUAUAAUCUGGGAAAUGACAUCAGAUGCUGAAAUUGUGAAACAUCGUUUUGCAAAAACUAUAAUAAGGUCAUGCUGUCAAAUGUCUUAUGAUAUGGCUCAAACCAUGAUCGAAAAUCCUGGAAAGACUCAAUCCAAAGAUUUUCUUGACAUAAAAGGAAAUUACACAGUGUUGUCAUUGUCCAAUAUAGUGAAUAAUUUAUUUAAAUUAUCUAAUCAUUUGCGAAAUAAACGAUUCGAUAAUGGUGCGCUCAGGUUAGAUCAACCAAAGUUACAGAUAUAUAUGGAUACUAUGCUCAAUCAAGAACACAAAAUCCCAAUACCUGUAAAUUAUUGUCUAGAGGAAAAGAAAGAUAGUAACAGUCUUAUAGAAGAAUUUAUGCUGCUAGCAAACAUAACAGUUGCUGUAAAACUGUAUACUGCAAUCCCUGAAACAGCUUUAUUACGUAUUCAUAGAGAUCCAUCCAAAUAUUCUCUUAAUACAGUUUGUGAUACAUUGCAAAAAUAUGGAAUUCAUUUGGAUGGCGAAACAGCUGGAAGCUUACAGGCCAGCAUCCGUCGCUACGAUCCAGAAUAUAAUGCUACCUUAAAUAACAGUUUUAUGAAAUACAUUAUGAUGGUUAUCAUAAAUUUGUGUUCAAAAUCUAUGAUGCGUGCAGAAUACAUAUGUACAUCUACCAUUUCUUCAUUGCACGACUUGAGACAUUACGCAUUAAAUGUUCCUCUUUACACACAUUUUACCUCUCCUAUUCGUAGAUAUUCGGAUUGUAUAGUACAUCGUUUGCUCUACACAACAAUAGAAAAUAAAACUUUAUCAAAGCAAUGGACAGCUAAAUUGUGUUCAAAACUUGCAGCCAAUUGUAAUGUAAAGAAGUACAGUGCAAAACUAGUACAAGAACAAAGCACGAAAUUAUUCUUUGCAUAUAUGGUAGGUCUUGCAGAUGGUUUUGAAGCUUUAGCUACUGUAUUGUAUGUAAAGGAAGAGGGAAUAGAAGUUAUUCUCUGUGAUACUGGCAUAAAAUUAAAAGUAGAUCUUAAAGAUAUGGAAUAUAUUGUCACAGUGAAAUAUUUAGUAAAUUAUGUACCAACUAUAAUUGUUAAAUGGAAAGAACCUUCCAUCGAACAGGAGAUCAAUUUAUUUAGUUUGGUAUAUGUACGAGUAGAAAAAAUUAAAAAAGAAUUGCGCUUAAAAGCAACUCUUUUGCCACCGCCACAGUAAUAGACGGAAAUUUAUAUUUUUAUAUAAUUUUUUUUUAUAUGAUUGAUUUUAUAUCAUUGUCUGCAUGAUAUUUACAUCAUGUGACAAUUAUUAUAAUGUAAUGAUAAAUUUUCUAAUAAUAUAUACAUAAAGUGAGAUAUCUGUAUAAUAUGUAUUAUUGAAAUUAUAUUGAAUCGACGAAUUUAGAAGAUCACAGAUUAUAUGUACAUAUAAUUAUUCAAAAUAUAGAAAACAUAGAGAAUAUAAGAGUUCAUGAUUGUUACUGCAUUGAAAAUCACAAGAUAAAUUUUAGAUCAAUUAUUAAAAAUAAGCACAUACACCUCUAUCAUAAAUUUUUUGUAUUUACUACUAUGAUAAUAUAUUGUGAAAAAUAUUAUUGAAAGAUUAUGCAUAUUUUGUCAUGAUAAUAGUAAUUUAUAUAUAUAUAUAGAGUCAAAACAUAUACAAGAGCGAUGAAUUUUAUUACUUAUUAGAAUGAAUUUUAUUUAUUAUUAGAAAAUAUGUAAAUAUGAUUAAUAAAAAUCUUAUGCAUCUACAUAAAAAUAUGUUAACAUUUUACAAUUCUCCUUGUAAAUUAACAAGAUGUGUUUUAUUGCACUGCAUAUUACUGCAUUUGUCACAAAAUAUUAGUUUAUUGUAAAUAUGACAUGUAUAUACAUAUAGAAUAUCUACAUGUGAUUCAUAUAUAAAUAUUUUGAAUAAUCUUCACACAUAAACAAUAUGAGAAGCAUUAUAACUUAUAUAUACAAAACUUUAAUUUUCACACAAGUAUUUAAG